UGGGUGGAUUGACGGACGGGUGUGCAGGCUGGUUGGCUGGUACGGCGCGGCCCGGGGAUGCGCGUCCAUGUGUUGCUGCGGCUUCGGCGCCGCGCAUUCAGCUCCAGCCCAGCGCCCAGUGUGACAGCCCAGCACAGCACAGGCGCUGUUAGCUAUACCGCUAUUAGCACCUCAAAGAGGGUAGGAAAAAAACCUGCAAGGAAAAAAAAGAGAGGCGUCGUCUGCAUCUGAUUCAAAAAGAGAAACCGAAUUUGGAAUCACGGCGACGACAGUGGACAAGAAUUGCAGAAGUUUAUGAGGCAAUUGUAGCCGCGAGAGAAGAAAAUAAGAAUCCGACUCAACUUUGUUGGUCCUUAACCAGGAAGAAACUUUUCUGUGGUGGGGAGGGGUGUGGGAUCUCGUUUCCUUUUUUUACAUCGCAUGCUGCUGGCUUAUAUACAAGGGCUGGCGUUUGCAUCUGUGGGUGAUCUUCGUUCCACCCCGACGUCCAGUGCAAGAGUUUUUUAAACUUUCGCUGUGAUUUUUUUUUUAAACUCCAUUUUUGGAGAGGGGGGGGGAAAGAAACGUUUGAGGGGGAAAAAAACAUUUGGCUUAACGCUGAAAGAAAGUGGUGGAAAUGGCCCUUUCUUGGAUGUACCUGGCUGUGAGGUUUUUGGGAGUCGUGCACCUUAUUAAUUUAUUGGCUCAGAGCAGUUGGGCUCUGGUGUGCUUGCCCUGCGAUGGAUCCAAGUGCGAGGAGCCGAGGAAUUGUUCGGGGAGUAUACUGAUGGGUUUCUGCGGCUGCUGCGCGACUUGCGCCAAGCAGCAGAACGAGACUUGCGGCGGAGUCUACGGACUGUACGGCACUUGCGACCUGGGCCUCCAGUGCGUUAUCAAACCACCUUUCAGCGGCGGCUCCAUCACCGGCUACGAAGUUGGGAUAUGCCAAGAUGAGAACUGGGAGGACGACCAGCUUCUUGGAGUUGAGCCCUGCAAUAAAAACCUAGCAACAGGCUGCAAUAUUAUCAAUGGGAAGUGCGAAUGCGAUACCAUUCGGACCUGUAAUAAUCCCUUUGGGUUUCCCGAUCGGGAAAGCUGUCUCUCAGCUCUAAAGCGGAUUGAAGAAGAGAAGCCGGAUUGCUCGAAAGCCAGAUGUGAGGUCCAGUUCUCGCCUCGCUGUCCCGAGGAUUCCAUCCUGAUCGAAGGCUAUGCCCCACCCGGCGAGUGCUGCCCGCUCCCGAGCCGUUGCAUGUGCAAUCCAGCCGACUGCCUGAGGAAAGUCUGCCAGCCCGGAUACCAGAGUAUUCUGGUUUCCAAGGCUUCAGGAAAGCCAGGGGAAUGCUGCGACCUCUAUGAAUGCAAGAAAGUCUACAAUGUGGACUGCAGCAUGGUGGAUUGUCCUGCUAGCCAGCCAGUGGACUGCCCUCCCGACAGCCAGGAGACUCCGACCCGAUUGACCACAGAUGGCUGCUGCACUCUCCCGAUACGGUGCGAGUGUUUGCUGGGAAUCUGCCUGGUCCCAAAGUGCGAGGUUGGAAUGGUGCCACGGAUCAUCUCUCCUGGGGAUGGCAUGCCCGGCAACUGCUGCGAUCGGUUUGAAUGCAUCAACGAGACAAAGCCCACCUGCAUAUUCAACGGCGUGGAGUAUUACGAUGGAAACAUGUUCCGGAUGGAUGCCUGCCGCUUCUGCAGGUGUCAAGGGGGUGUCUCCAUCUGUUUCUCAGCCCAGUGCGGUGAGCUGCACUGUGACAGAUACUACGUGCCGGAGGGAGAGUGCUGCCCCGUCUGUGAAGAUCCGAUUUACCCGAUCCACAAUCCUGCCGGCUGUUACGCUAAUGGACAGAUCCGCGCGCACGGCGACCGCUGGCGAGAAGACGACUGCACUUUCUGCCAGUGUGUCAACGGCGAGCCGCACUGCAUGGCCACAGCCUGCGGACAGAGCUGCCUGAACCCAGUGAAAAUUCCCGGAGAGUGCUGCCCCGUAUGCGAAGAGCCGACGUAUAUCACCAUCGGGCCGCCAGUCUGCGAGCUGCUGAUCAACUGCACACUGACAGAGAGGGAUUGCAUCUACGGCUUCAAGCUAGAUAGCAGUGGAUGCCGCGUGUGCCAGUGCAAAACCAGAGAGGAGCUUUGUACGGGCCUGAUCUCAGGCUGUGGUUUGGACUGUCCAUUUGGCCUGCAGACUGAUGUACACGGCUGCGAAAUCUGCCAGUGUCGGGCACGACCAAAGAAGUGCAAGCCCGUUGUGUGUGACAAGUACUGCCCAUUCGGAUACACAAAGAACAAACAUGGCUGUGAUAUCUGUCGCUGCAAGAAGUGCCCUGACCGCCCGUGUGACAAGUAUUGUCCAAUGGGAUUCGAGCAGGACGUAUAUGGCUGCCUUAUCUGCAAAUGCAGAGAGAUACCCACCACCAUGAAGGCCAGCUCCUGCCUGAGCAUGGACGGCCGUCGACACGAGAGCGGUGAGAGCUGGCACGAUGGCUGCCGGGAGUGUUACUGCAACAGCGGGCGUGAGAUGUGCGCGCUCAUCACCUGCUCUGUGCCCAACUGUGGAAACCCAGCCAUUCGCCCGGGACAGUGCUGCCCAACGUGUCCAGAGGACUUAGGACUGUGGAAGCCAGAACAAAGUGACUCGUCGAUCUGCCAUGCUCCUGGUGGAGAGUAUUACAUAGAGGGAGAGACCUGGAACAUCGACUCAUGCACGCAGUGCACCUGCCACAGUGGCCGGGUGCUGUGCGAUACUGAGGUGUGUCCACCUAUCCUCUGCCAGGAUCCCAUCAGGACCACAGACUCCUGCUGCCCACAGUGUCCAGAUGAGCCACUUCAGCCCUUGUUGCCAAGCAACAGAAGCAUACCUGGCUACUGCAGGAACGAUGAGGGCGACAUCUUCUUGGAGGCUGAAUCCUGGAAGCCGAACGUCUGCACCAGCUGCAUCUGUCUGGAGGGCAUCAUCAGCUGCUACUCAGAGUCGUGUCCAGCCGUCAUUUGCCCCCGGCCCGUCCUGCGGAAGGGCCAGUGCUGCCCUUAUUGCAUCGAGGAGACCAUUCCGAGUAAAGUGGUGUGCCACUUCAAUGAGAGGACGUAUGCGGAUGAGGAGCGUUGGGAUAUCGACAGCUGCACCCACUGUUACUGCCUCCAGGGCCAGACCCUUUGUUCGACGGUCAGCUGCCCACCCCUCCCCUGCCUGGAGCCUGUCUACAUGGAGGGAAGCUGCUGCCCAGUGUGUCCAGACUUGCACAUGCCGGAACCAACCAACAUUCCCAUUGAAAAAUUUGACCAGAGAGGAGAGAUUGAGGUGGAAGCACCAUUCUGGCCGACUCCCAGUGGGAACGAAAUCCCUGCCCACCUUCGGGAUGAUGAGAAUCUCCGUGUGAACGCCAUAGGUGGAGACUACCCGCGGGACAAUGAAGAUUCUGCCAUGCGCUCAGUGGCAUGGGUAGCUGUGCCUGUUAUGAUUGCCCUCAUUCUCGUCAUCGCUCUGCUGUUGGUUAACCAGAAGAAGCAGUGGAUCCCGGUGCCCUGUUACAGAGCUCCUACAAAGCACUGGAUCGUGUAAAGAUACUACCAGAGAUGAGGACAACCACAGCAAGCUUUUCCCAUUAUGCUCCCAGCCUCUCUGGUGGCUUCCUAAGAGUUUCUGAAGGUGAACAUAGAAGACGUUUUGUUGGACAGAGUUCCUGCUCGAUAUUGAAAGAGAAAAGAGACUGGGUUUUUGUACUUACUGGUAUGCAGAUUAGAAACUGCUUCCGUGGUAGGAAGCUUCGUAAUUAUAUAUUACUCAAGCACCUUUUUUGAAACUGAGAAAAAGGAAAUUAUGCUUUGUGAAACAUUAGCAUUAUAGGAAUAUUUAUGUUAAUAUAUAUUAUGCUAAAACAAAAGUAUUUGUACAUAUAUAUAAUUUUCUAUGUUUUCCUGUUUAAUGUAUUUAUAUCCUAGAGAGAUUUUAUCCAGUUUAAGAAAAAAUUAGCUUAACAGGCAUUCCAUUUUAGUGCUUGGUGGCUCACAGGACUCGUGGAAGGAAAGAGCAUCUCCUUUUGCCUCAGAUUUUGUGCCUUUUUGCUGAUGGCCUCAGCAUUCCUCUCACUAUUUCUGAUUUCAUGCUACAAAGGGCUUUAAAGAUCGCACAUUGGGUCUCACAGUUAUCCAUAAUACAGUGCCAAUGCGUGCCGAUCUUGAUUAUUUUAUCCCUGUUUUAUUUUGUCCCGCCAUUGCAGCAUACACAAAUCCGUGCAGCUUGUCUGUCCAUCUGUUGUCCGAUCCCUGGUCAUGUUCACAUUGGGGAUAUCACGUACUGGGCCACAUGAUUUCAGGUUCUCGUUAUAAACAGUGUGCUUUGCGUUUGCUUCUUCCUUUUGCCUUCCCCUGUGGAAGUUUGUCAAAGAGCCUCCAUCUUCCAGAUCCUUCUGGGAACUCCAGACUUUGGCUUCAUCAGAAAUAAAAUGUCUCGUUGGCUCAGUGAAGGGAUGCACAUCCUGGAGAGACAGUCAGUCCACAGAACAAGAAGAUUGUUGAUUCAGAACCCAGGUCAUACUUGAGCUGGUCCCUCUUGGAUAGAGUGAUAGGAGGGACAGUACAAUAGGUACACGGUCCACAGGUUGGGAAUGCAGAUUUCGGGUGAUGAGCAGGCUGUGGGAAUUCAGUUAACUAGGCUGCCUGCCUGCCUCUGAUCAAUUUCCUAUGAGCAAAGAACAUGCAUGGAAGUGGGGGUCAGGUUUUACUCUGGCGAUACCUUUUCAGGCUCAAUAUGCCAUUUUCCAAGCACCUGUGAAGAAUGAACACCCUGAACAGACACCAAGAGCAAACAUUAGACAUGGACCAUGGACGAAGGGGCAACAGGAUGGAGAGAGGUGGGAAAGAAACAGCAAUAAAGACAAAAAUAGUUAAUCAGAUAGUCCAAGGUUGUGAGAUCAGCCCUGAGUGAACACCUCACUUUCUUGCUCCCUGCUCUAAAUUUGCAGCCCCCCCUAAAUCCCUCAUUCCACAUAUACAUACUGAACUAUGUUCAUAGCUUCCUCAUUUAACUUGCUAUCUGCAAUUACAUUGCUGUAAUAUUUUCUAACCUCUUCCCUUGAUCUAUCCCAGUAAAUCUGUUACCCCAACACCAAGCCAUCUAGUCCCACCCCCCCCCCCCCCCCCCCCCCCCAUACUCCUUAUUUAAGCCAAAGACGGUGGUUCUGAUCCUGUGGUGUUCAUCCUCAAUCUGCAUCUGAAUUCUAACAUUCUAGCAUAGCCUCCACCAACACACCCUCAAUCCCAUAUCUGCCAGGCAGGUCCUUCAAUCAGCAGAUCUAAUUGCAUCAUGUUAAGUGACCUGUCAAAACCACUCACAACUUCAGGAUGGCCUUGAAACCCCAAAAAUAGCUGUCUUGCCUCUGAUUCUUUUCACCAGUUAAUUGCCACCGUAAACUCCUUCCCUUUUCAUCUCCAACAGCAUAUGCAACGUGAUGAACUUAUUUUAUCAAUAAGAUCAGGACUAUCCCCUCAGUUGUGACUUUUGCCUGACACACUGCCACCCCCUCUCCUCCUCCACCUUCUCUUGCUCAUAAUCCCCAGGCGACCCCUGAAAUCAUGCUUUCUUUGAGUUCCAUAUAUCUUUAUGCAUGUUCCUGGCUUGUCUGUGGAACCCAGAUCCUUCUCUCAUGGUUUCUUUGCUUUCCAUACAAAUCAUAUGCUAACCCGAUAAAAGGUUCCCUCCUCAUCAGGUUUUCUUUCCCUCUCUUUUGCAACUGUCAUAAACAACCAAUUCAAAACAAACACUACUUAGUUCCUCUAUCUUAGCACAUAACCGCAUCUCGACUUUCUUCAAACCCUUUGCUGCCUCCAAGACCCAAAUUCCAAUCUCCUCAAUUGGGUCUUAUUUCCUGCUAUAGCCAUUUGCACAACCUCUGGCAACCUUUACAUAAUCCCAUCCUUAAAGCUGAUCUCUCUGGCCAAACAUUAGCUUAUCUUACUUUGGCUCAGUGUUGGUUGUUGUCUGAUUGUGUUCCUGUGCAGUGCCAAGGGACCUCAUUGCUGUGCAAAUGCAUGUUAUUGUCAAGAGGUGGGGAUAGUGUGAGGUGGUAUUCUCUCUCAUGCAGUUUGUAUCAUGGGUAAUUGUGAAGAACUGCAGAAGACUUUGAAGGCAUCGCAGAGACGGAAUUUCUGGAGAGCUGGAGGGAGAGACAAGAACAAAGAUUUUAUGUUUCCUGUUGCUGAAGAGUUACUAACAAAAGAACUACUGGAAUGCUGGCAUUGAUAAGCUGGACUUUUUCUUUGUAGUAAGCCUCUUAGUGGUUAUAACUUACUAAAUAUAUUAAAAAAUUGACAGGUCUUGGCACUUUUGUACUAAUUACCCCUUUUUGUGUAAUAACCUUUUUAAAGUGCUUUCACGAGGGAAUCCAUUACCCAUUUUGCUUUAAUGUGAAAACAUUUGUACUUUUGUUUCGUAGUGGAAUUCCCAAGUAUUGUUGUAGAUACUUGGGCUCAGAGCUUGUUAAACUUUAGGCUGAAAAAAAUCUAAUUUAUUGUUUGCCCUAAUUUAUUAAUCUGGAGAUUAAUGAAAAGUUAGAACAUUGCAAGAUGUACGUUUUUUUGCGUUAUUUGUACGGGAGAAAAAGAAAGGUGAUCUGGUUUAAGUAAGGGUCAAGAUUUUCUUAUCUAUGUGACCUUUUUCUUUUCUAUUUUCCCACAAAGUUACUUCAUGAGACCUUUCUUAGCUGCUGUCUCUUGCUCCCCUCUUCCCCACCUUACCCUUCCCCUUCCCUUGUGUACAGGAAUUGGAUCGUUCCUGUCUGGCUCAAAAAAGUUAUGUUCUGUCAAGACCGAUUGCUCAUUGCUUUCCCAACCAAAAGACUUAAGUUGAGAAGUGUUUUUUUUAAACAGGUAUCGUUCACUGCUUGUUUUUAUUUUGUGAUUGUGGUUGUGUUCUGGUGAGAAAAAAGAAAGAAGAUACAGGACAUUAGAAUAAGAUGCUUUUUACAACAACAAAACUGAGAAGGAGAAAAACAAGAUAGCUGUCCACUCCGUCCUGUAUCUGACAUUCUUGUACUUUGGUUACUGUUGUGCUAAUGUAAAAUAAUGCAAAAUAUUUCUAAAAUAGAUGCGUAUGUGGCACUUGGAGUGUUCUGCAGUUUGCUUGUUUACUUUUUUUUUAAAUGUAAGGCAUUUUUUUCAUGUACAUUUGCUCUUGACAGCACAAUAAACAAUGUUAAACCUCA